GGACCAUUCAAACCUGGAUUUGAAGAAGAAUUUUGAGGCGUUCGCGAGUUUUGACCUGCGUGGAUCUCACGGCCUUUCCCAUGACCCCAUGCCGCUAAGAAACGAGGAGAACAGCCAUGGUACGAAGUGCGCGGGUGAAGUUGCCAUGGAGGCCAACAACUCCUACUGUGGUGUGGGCAUUGCUUUCAAUGCACGCAUAGGAGGUAUUCGUCUUCUGGAUGGGUCAGUAACUGACUCUAUGGAGGCCUCUGCGCUGACCUACAACAACGACUUCAUACACAUCUACACCUGCUGCUGGGGGCCGACAGAUAAUGGGGCCGAAAUGUCUGGACCGGGAACAUUAACGGAGAAAGCAUUACACCUGGGAACACGCAAGGGCCGUGGUGGUAAGGGCAGUGUGUUUGUAUGGGCUGCUGGUAACGGAGGGCUGAUGGACGAUCACUGUGGAGCAGACGGCUACGUCAACAGCAUCUACACCAUCGCCAUUGGAGCCGUCACACACACAGGAAGCCCCGCCUCCUUUGGGGAGCCCUGCCCAGGUGUCAUGGCCGUGACGCUCACUGGCAACAACGCCUAUUCCUCCCCACCUCUGGUGACUGUAUCUAACCUUGGUGAUGGCUGUAUUACAAACUUUGCGGGGACAUCCAGUGCAGCGCCAACUGCAGCAGGAGUAUUAGCUCUGGUACUAGAGGCAAACCCAGAUUUGACGUGGAGGGAUGUCCAGCACCUGAUCACAAGGACAGCAAAGAUACCAGACCCUAACCAGCCAGGGUGGAUUGUCAAUGGGGCAGGAUACCACGUCCAUGACAGGUACGGGUUUGGUCUGUUAGAUGCUGCACUGAUGGUGCAGAAGGCCGUGAAUUUUCACUCAGUUGCAGAUCAGAGGAAGUGUGAGCAGACUGUGACCCUUCAGCCUGUUCAAAUUCUUCCAGCUGGUGAAGAGGUCAGUGUGGCAGUUCAGUCGGAGGCCUGCAGGGGACAGCAUAAUGAGAUAAACACACUGGAGCAUGUGCAGGUGACGGUGAACAUCAGCAGUGUGUGCCGUGGUGAUCUGAGUGUGAAGCUGGUGUCUCCAGCCGAAACACACUCGGUACUGCUGGGCACGCGGAGCAAUGACCGUUCGGCAGAGGGUCUGAAGAACUGGACACUGAUGACCAUACAAAACUGGGGUGAAAAUCCACAAGGAACAUGGAAACUAACUGUGAAGGAUCAUAAAGGGACGGCUGUUGGCUGUAGCCGAAGUCACACUGAGCAGGAAGCUGGAGCUGUACUGAACAUUACCCUCACACUCUACGGCACCUACAACCCCAACACCACCAACCACGGUUCUCCUCUGAGUGCAUUCGUCUCUCUGGGCGAGCUCCAUACUCUUCCUGUUGAGCGAGUGAGUGUGCGGAACCGUUUCCCACCACAGGACCUCAUCCACCGGGCCUUCAGACUGGAGCAGGGCAGCAAGGUCACACCUGAGGACAUACCACACACACAAAAACACAGCAAGAUUCUUCAGAAACCUGAGGUGAAAAAUUUCUCAGCUCCCGAGUUCAGUUCGAGAGACAUGGAUGACACUGAUGGAGAGGGUCUCAGAUCCCACCUGAUGAAGCUGUGGAACACCCUGAGAAAUAAAGUGCAGGUGGAUCAGGCUCAGUACAGCACUCUCAGACACUCUAAUACACAACAGAUGGCAGACAUGAAACCCUCUAAAUCCCUUCAGUCUAAUGAUGUGGCUGAUGUUUGGGCAGCUGAGGAUGGCACCGUCGUUGAACAGCAUCUCUCCAGACGUGUCCGAAACAUUAAAGAUCGCACACCACUUCGAGAACAAGAGAGAAAAAGAACAUGAAGGGACAACAUCAGUGACUCUUACUGAGCUAAGGAGUGGAGGGUACUGAAGGAAAAGUGGAAUUUGUAGUGGAAUGUGGAAAUAUGCAAAUGUUGGAAUGUACUGUACUGUAAUCUACUGUAUAAUGUAGCCGCUUUCCCCUCAAACUGUUUCAGUAAAUGUAUAAUAAUAGCAGAGAUCUCA